AUGAAUGAAUUGCAAGAAGAUGCUCCUUCUUCAUCGUUGUUAUCUUGCCAUUCUGAUAGGAUGUCUUUGGAAAUGCAGUCUUCUUCAAUGGUAUUGACGGGAGGUAAUAGUCAUGAAUUAAAAACAAAUGAGAAAUUCCAAUCAUCAACAGUUCCAAUGCUUGGCUUUAAUUCAAAUUCGGAACAUAAUUUAAUUAAUAAUCAUUCAUCAUCACCCUUACAACUUCCGAUACUCCUUUCUCAUACGACAUCCAUAUCACCUAAAUCUCCCCGAAAAGUAUUUCCUCAAGCAACGAAUAAUUUAAUGAUUGGCAAUCAUUCAACCACCGAAUAUAUUCCAAAAUCACCUAAAAAGAUUUCCAAAGCUUCCAAACACUUACCUCGUGUCAAUAGUAUAUUUAAAUAUAUUCAAGGAGAGUUGGAUUUAAAUUCUAGAAUGGCUUCACUACAUAAAUCACCUGUAAAAACUCCAUUAUCUGCAAAUCAACUUUUUGGUGAGGCUUUAAUGACUAGUAGUAGCAACAGAACGACCGAUUUAUUACCAAACACUACUCUAACUCCUUCAUCCACACCAGGUACAACUAAAGUGAGUGAGCCUUCCCAUCUAAAAGAAGAGAAAUCUAAUUUGAACAAACUUACGUAUGGAGAAGAACUACGAAGAAGUAUUUACAAUUUCAUUGAAGUGCCGCUCAUGUUGGAACAAUAUCUAUUUUUCGGAUUUUUCAUAUGUUUUGAUUCUCUUCUGUUUCAUUUCACGUUUUUUCCUUUGAGAAUAAUUUUUGCCUUAAUUGGGCUACUCACGAGAGGAAUAACCAAAUUGAGCAACUCGAGUGUUUGUGAUUUACUCAAACUAUUAGCACUCGCUGUAAAUGUAUAUAUUGUAUUUAUAACUACGGAUUAUUCUCUAUUAUACCAUGCAAUAAGAGGAGAGAGUGUGUUAAAACUAUUCAUGCUGUAUAACAUGUUGGAAAUAUUUGAUCGACUAUGUUCGGCUUAUGGACAAGAUUCAAUUGUAUCCAUGAUGUUUACGGCAACGGACCCAAAAUUUAAAGCACAAAAUGAUAGUUCUGAAAAACGAAAAUUGAUAUUUAAUGCAGUAUUUUCCUUUGUGUCACAUCUUGUAUACUUGUAUAUUCAUACCAUGGUAUCUCUGUUGAGAAUCAUUACUCUAAAUAUUGCUCUAAAUUCACGCAACCAAUCCCUUCUCACUCUUCUAAUUUCCACUAACUUUGUAGAGCUAAAGGCUAGUAUUUUUAAAAAGUCUGUGAAAGAAGCUCUUUUCCAAUUAUCAUGUACAGACAUUGUGGAGCGAUUUGAAAUGGUUGUAUUUAGUGUUGUAAUUUUCUUUCAAAAUUCCCUCUACAGUGGAGAAUAUGAAAUUGAAGAAUUUGUACAAAUUAUUUUCACCAUCAUAUCUUCUGAAAUGAUUGCAGACUCCAUCAAGCAUGCUUUUAUUUGUAAAUUUAACAAAAUUAAUUGUGAAAAUUAUGAUGAUUAUAUUCUCAAAUUGUCCUCAGACUUGACAAGCAUGACGCAUUUUGAUUCUUUUCUCGAUAAUACCAACAUUGUGGCAAGAAGAGUUGGGUUUGUUGAGGGUCCAAUUAUUUGUGUCAUUUUGAGAAUGGUAUUGGAAUCGAUGGAAAGAAGUUGGGAAUUCUUUAGCUCAGACCACACUGUGAUUUGGACGUUGGUGACAAUUUUAUUGACCUAUGGCUGUCUGUUUUUGUUAAAAGUUCUAAUUUCAAUCCUGGUAGUAGGUCAUGCUGCAAAAAGAAUUACCAAUAACCGUGAAAAACAAAUUCAGCUGCACAGUAAAUGA